AUGAUAUUGAAUUCACUUUAUCUUCCAACAAGUAUAUUAUUGAUACCUUGUCUAUUGUCAGAUAUAUUAAUGAAGAUGAUGUAUUUGAGAGUAGUGAACAUGAAAAUGAGCUUGAUACUUUCUUUGUAAUUAAAAAUGCUAAUGAUACUUUAUUUGAAAGUAACAAUCCUGAAAGUGAGUCCAAUAUCCUAACUGUAAUCAGAAAUGUUGAAGACAACAUAUAUAAAAAUAGAGAUUCAAAAAAUAAGUCUAAAAACAGUCCUCUGAAAGAAAUAUAUACUGGGCAGACCUUUAUUUCUUUUGAGAUACUUGAACAAAGUUUGAAACAUUAUUCUAUCUGA